AAGCAUAUAAAAAUUAAAAUAAAAUUAAAUAGUCGUUGAAAAUUUUUUCUAAAAAAUAAUAAAUCUCUGAAGAUUCGAGCUGAACCAAACCGUUCUGGUAGUCCCGAAUACCAAACUGAACUGAAAAAAAAUAAAAAACUCUAAACUGAACCGUCCCGAGUUUUGGUACGGUUCCGGAUAUCGAAUUUAGUAUGUGCCAAUUUUGGUAGGGUUGGAGAGAUUUCUUAAUCGAUGCUCACCCCUAGCUGCCUGAAACAUAGAUUGUGAACUCCAAAUCUAAUUCCAUUUCCUGAUCGCGAGUGAAGUUAGACGCGGAGAUGGAGAAGAAGGGGAUGGUGAGAGAAGUUGCAGAAAGCUGUGUGGAGAGUUUGAUGGCGGAGAUUGUGUCGUCCUACUGCAAGGGCGUCUAUGCUAAUAAGCCCGAGCUCGCCGCCCCUAGGAUCGAAGCAAUCGGCUUCCAGGUCGGCCACCGACUUUCCGAGAGGUACACAAUGGAUCGACCAAGGUUCACAGAUCACCUGGAAGCUAUUAAGUUUAUCUGCAAGGACUUUUGGUUCGAUCUCUUCAAGAAGCAGAUUGAUAAUUUAAAGACAAACCAUAGAGGUACCUUUGUAUUACAAGAUAAUCGGUUUAGGUGGCUUGCGCAUAUGUCGGUUGAUCCAUCAUUGGUAACAUCCGGUUCUGUUCAAGAUCCUUCAGCAAUGGCAGAAAACGAGGCUGCACAAGCAACUGGCUUGCAUCUCUACUUUCCUUGUGGCAUUAUAAGAGGAGCACUUUCAAACUUGGGAAUACCCUGUGCAGUUUCUGCAGAUAUCUCCAACCUCCCUGCAUGUUCUUUUGUGGUCCGCAUCAAAGCCUGAUGAGCAAUUGUAAUGGAUAUUGAACCUCUGCUUUCCAUGCUUGUGUUUGGAAUUGUUUUCUCCCUAUUUUUACAAUUGGAGGCGGCAAAUUCUAGCUUUUCUGGUGGUUAUUGGUAACUCUCUGUAUGGGAUUUGCAUACAAAGAUCUGUUUCAUAUAUGAAUAUUCUGUGGCUUUUUUUGGAAGAUAUACCGUUUUGUAAAGCACUAGUGAGGACUGGAAUUAAAUGUCUUAGUUUGAGAUGCUUUUGGUUUUCAAGUAUGAAGGGGUUUUCACAGCUAUACUCGUAUGUGGUUUAUCAAUUUUUAUGUAAGUGCUGAUACGGAUUUUUCUUGGAUUUAUGCACUUUGAAACUGUAGAUUGGUUCGUUGCUUUUGUAUACUAAUAUUGAAUGAUAAAAAAAUGAUUAUUGAUCGAACGUAGAAACUCCUCCCAAAUUAUUUUUAGGAAGUUUAUACGGAGUACAGAGUUCUCUGAAGAAAAUGUUAGGGCUUAUGUAAGCAGAUAAGUAUUUUUAUUUCAUCGCAUUUUUCUGUGUUUGAUUGGUCCUGUUUUGUGAUAGUUUGUCUGACUAGUUGAUAAUUGCCUCUUUAUUUAUUUAGUUUGAUAUAUAAACACAGGUUUAUGUAAAUUCUGGUCGAUCUAAGUGUUGUUCAACAUUAUAUUUUUACAUUUUUUUUAUGCAUCAGUG